AUGGUUUCCUUCGGCAAUUUCCAGCAAAACCCCUUUUCGCCCAUGUCGAACGGCAGUGGCCAGAGCUAUUUUGAGGGCGGGCCUAGGCACCCAUAUCACGAGAUGAUGCCUUAUCAACACGGAGGCUACUAUGGUGGUCACGGUGGCUAUCAGCAACAGAUCCCGCCUCAUAUGCAGCAAUACAUGUAUUCGCCACCCCCUCCUCCAGCAACCGAGGCGCCUGCUCCCCGUCCAAAAACCCCAGCGGCGCCCGAACCACCCAAGCCUGACCCAGAGAAGGAGAAGAUGCAGGAGCAGCUCAAGGCUUUCCAGGCCCUUCAGGCAAAAAAGGACGAGGAGGAGAGGCGGCGCGAGUUUGAGGCCAAGAUUCGAAGAGACACCGAAGAGCAGCUGAAGAUUCGGGAAGACGCUCGCAGGAAAGCCACCGAGGAGGCGAAGAAGGAGUUCGAGCUCGCCAAGGCCGAGGCGGAGCGAGCCGCACGCGAGAAGAUGGAAGCCGAGCGGAAACACGAGGCCGAACAAGCCAAACUCCACGCCGAAACCAUGGCCAGAAUCCAACGGGAGGCCAAGGAAAAGUACGAGGCAGAAAUGAAGGCGGCUGCCGAGCAGAAGAAGCGGGAAGACGACGCGCGUGCGGCAGCCGAGGCCGCUGCGCGGGCAAAAUUCGAGGCCCAGCUCAAAGCUGAAGCAGAGGCCAAACUCGCUGCAGACAAGAAGGCCGCGGAAGACGCCGCAGCGAAGAAGAGGUGGGAGGAGGAAACCAAAGCCAAAGCCGAGGCUGAAGCGCGGGCCAAGCUCGAAGCUGAGACCAAGGCAGCAGAGAAGGCUGCGGCGGACGCUGCCGAGAAGAAGAAGGAAGAGGAGGCCAUGAAGAAGAAGCUCACCGAGGAAGCCAAAGCCAAGUUUGAGGAAGACGCCAAGAAGACGAAAGACAAGGCGCCGAUCAAGUUCAAGGAUGCAGUGGGAAGGAAAUUCAGCUUCCCGUUCCACCUUUGUGCAAAGUGGGAGGAUAUGCAAGACUUGAUCAAGCAAGCCUUCCAGCACGUCGAUGUCAUCGGACAGCAGGUGCAAGACGGUCACUAUGAUCUGAUCGGACCUAACGGCGACAUUAUCUUGCCCCAGGUCUGGGAUAAGGUGCUCGAGCCGGACUGGACGAUCGAGAUGCGCAUGUGGCCCGAAAGCAAGUCGGCGCAGAUGCAUGCGCAGAUGCACGCGCAGCGACACGGCAUGCCGCCCGGAUUCCCUGGUGUGCAGAUGCGACCGGGUGGUGGCCGAGAUCCUCGAGAAGAACUACGUGCGCGCCUGGCGCACAUGGCGGCACACGGACAGCGCCCAAUGCAGAUGCCCCCCGGCAUGAUGCCUGCCGGGGCCCGGCCCGGGGGCGGUGGCCACCACGUACCGCCACCUCCUCACAUGCACCGUCCUGGCGAGCGGCCGGGUCGUGGGGCCCCGCCAGGUGUUGACGUCGUCACUGCCGAGCCGCCAAAGAGGAAGUCCAAGACCGCCGGUUCUGGAUUUGCAAGCUGGGUCGCAGGAAAGCCAUCGAAGAAGAAGUCGUCGAGGAAGUGA